GCAUCGUGUCGUGUCGGUGUGGUGCGAGUUUACAACCAGCCAGUAAACUCGUGGAACAUGCAGUGCAAUUUCUCUUCGACUUUUACUCUUGGUUCGGUAGGCGGUAGCAGUAAGCAACAGUCACGUUUUAAAGUUGGAUAAGAGUUGACGUGUCUAGUUCCAGGAGUUAGGGUUGUGUUGGAUUUACCGAAAACCUGUUUCAACUUUUGCUCAUAACAGAAAUACUCGUAACUGCUGUAGCCCAUUACGACACGGAUUUCGUUCGGAAAUCUCUUCAGGAUUGUGUUUAUUACGGAUUCACCAUAUUAUAGAAGAUGACCUCAUCAGGAGAAGUUUAUAUUGUAUCUGCCGCCAGAACACCAAUUGGUAAUUUUCUGGGGACCGUUGCCUCACUAAGCGCAGCCGAGCUGGGAGCAGUCGUGGUGAAGGAAGUUUUAACCCGGGCCAGCGUACCACCGGCGGAUGUUGAUGAAGUUAUUCUUGGUCAGGCACUUACCGCGGGUCAAGGGCAGAACCCGGCCCGGCAGGCUGCGAUCAAAGCUGGCGUUCCGAAGGAAGUACCGGCCUAUCUGGUAAAUAUGCUGUGCGGAUCGGGAUUGAAAACGGUUUCGCUGGGAUACCAGGCGAUUCGUUCCGGAGACGCUAGUGUAGUCGUUGCAGGUGGACAGGAGAGUAUGUCGAAAGCACCGCAUGCACUGCAUCUACGAAAUGGUACUAAGAUGGGUGACACCAAAAUGAUCGAUACCAUGCUGUUCGAUGGACUGACGGAUGCAUUCUACGAUAUACAUAUGGGAAUAACUGCGGAAAAUGUAGCAACAGAAAGUGGCGUUACCAGAGAGCAGCAGGAUAGUUUUGCUACUCAGAGCCAAAGACGAGUGGAAGAGGCCCAGAGUAAGGGCUACUUUAAGGAAGAGAUUGUUCCGGUACAGGUUCCAGGAAGAAAAGAAACGAUUACUUUCGAAAAGGACGAGUUCCCGAAACCGGGUACAACAUUGGAAGGUUUGGCAAAACUGAAACCGUGUUUCAUCAAAGAUGGAACUGUGACACCAGGAAAUGCAUCGGGAUUGAACGAUUCGGCGGCAGCCGUUUUGUUGAUGUCCGGUGCUGAAAUUCAAAAACGUAAUGUUAAACCAUUGGCUCGCAUUGUUGCCAUUGCUCAGACUGGCGUAUGCCCGAAAACCAUGGGAACUGCACCGAUCAGUGCGGUGUCGAAAGUUCUUCAAAAGGCGGGGUGGAAACUGGAUGAUGUAGACCUUUUCGAGUUAAACGAAGCUUUCGCCGCUCAGUCAGUGGCCGUUAUCAAUGGUCUUGGCGUCGAUCCGGCAAAAGUGAACGUCAAUGGCGGUGCCAUUGCGUUAGGCCAUCCAGUUGGUGCCUCUGGAUGUCGUGUCUUGGUUACGCUGCUGUAUGCCCUGAAGCGAACCAACGGUAAGAAAGGUGUAGCUUCUCUCUGCAUCGGCGGUGGAAUGGGAAUAGCUAUGGCCGUAGAAAUGGCAUGAGCAAUCGAGAAUUGUUACGACUUAUCUAGUUUUCUUUUCUGUUGGCCAGUACUUACAACGGUUACCAAAAAUCGGUAGCAACUAUUAUGUUUUACAAAAUGUUUUCUUUUCAAUAGUAUUACAUUAGUUUCAAACAUAGUAUUACUGCUGGGAAAUUUGUGACAAUAAAGAGUUUAUAUCAA